GCCCCGUUUGCCACUUACACGAGCCGCCUACCAACCUUCCUUUCGCACUUGUUUUCGUUUUUCAUCGCCACAAUCGCCCCAAUUGCGCACAGGACCAAAGAAAUCUGUAUUGAGGCUCUGGAUUAGCAAUCUUUGAGCAAUGGCUUGGGGAGAAGACGAUGACAGACGCCCGGAGCAGGACGAGGGCGAGGAGGAGCUGGAUGAGACCGAUUACAAGACGCAAAAAGAUGCCGUGUUGUUUGCAAUUGACGUCAGCAAAUCGAUGCUUCAGCAGCCUCCGGCCACCGAUAAGAAGAAAGGAGAAAAGGACUCGGCCGUUGCGGCGGCUCUGAAGUGCGCCUACCAGUUCAUGCAGCAGCGGAUCAUUGCGCAGCCGAAGGACAUGAUGGGCAUUCUGCUCUUCGGCACAGAGAAGUCCAAGUUUCGGGACGAGGCGGGCGGGCGGAGUGGGACUGGGUAUCCGCACUGCUACCUCUUCACCGAUCUCGACGUGCCGGCCGCCGAGGACGUCAAGAAACUGAAGGCGUUGGUGGAGGAGGGAGAGGACGCUGACGAAGUGCUUGUUCCUUCAAAUGAGCCCGCUUCCAUGGCCAACGUGCUCUUCUGCGCCAACCAAGUGUUCACCACCAACGCAGCGAACUUUGGCUCUCGGCGGCUGUUUAUCAUCACAGACAAUGAUAGCCCGCACGGGAAGGACAAGGCCGCGAAGUCAUCAGCGGCAGUUCGUGCCAAGGAUCUUUACGAUUUGGGCGUUGUCAUCGAGCUCUUUCCCAUCAGCCAGGGGGGUUCGAGCUUCGACGUGUCCAAGUUCUACGAUGAUAUCAUCUACCGUGACCCAGCAGCCGAGCUCGGCUCCCCGGACGAGGUCAAAACCUCAAAAUCAGGCGACGGACUCUCGCUUUUGAACUCGCUGAUAUCCAACAUCAACUCCAAACAAACGCCCAAGCGGGCGUAUUUCUCCAACCUUCCUUUCGAACUUGCACCGGGCAUUACGAUAUCUGUGAAAGGCUACAUGCCUCUUCAUCGGCAACAGCCUGCGCGGACAUGCUACGUCUGGCUUGGCGGCGAACAGGCGCAGCUCGCGCAAGGGGAGACCAUCAAAGUCGACUCCGAUACGAGGACCGUUGACAAGUCCGAAGUGAAGAAAGCGUACAAGUUCGGCGGCGAGUACAUCUACUUCAAGCCAGAGGAAUUGGCGUCUCUGAAGAACUUGGGCGGCAAGGUCCUUCGCGUCAUCGGAUUCAAGCCGCGCUCCUCGAUUCCCACGUGGGCCUCGGUGAAGAAAUCCAUCUUCAUCUUUCCCAGCGAGGAAGACUAUGUCGGUUCCACGAGGGUAUUCUCCGCUCUGUGGCAGAAGCUGCUCGACGCCGACAAGGUUGGCUUGGCAUGGUUCGUCGCCCGGCAAAAUGCCAACCCCAUCAUGGUGGCCAUUAUCCCGUCCAGGAACCCCGAUGAGGAGACAUCGGGGACGCCGUAUUUGCCAGCCGGACUGUGGCUGUACCCGCUUCCGUUCGCAGACGACGUCAGGAACGUGGAGUUGUCGGCGCCGCCGAGGCCUGCUGAUGAGCUCACCGACAAGAUGCGCGAGAUCGUGCAGAACCUCCAGUUGCCAAAGGCCAUGUACAAUCCCCUCAAAUACCCUAACCCCUCCCUCCAGUGGCAUUACAAAAUCCUACAGGCCAUGGCACUGGAGGAGGACGUCCCUGAGGGUCUGGACGACGCUACCAUCCCCAAAUACAGACAGAUCGACAAAAGGGUCGGCGGAUACCUCGCCGAGUGGAAACAGAUGCUUGCCGAGAAGGCGGGCGCGUUGAUGAAGAGCAGGGCUAUGAAGCGCGAGGUCGAAGACGAGGACGAGGGGCGCCCGGCGGCGAAGCGCGCGAAACCUGCCGCGAAAAAGGCCGCCGGGGGCCACCUGAGCAACGCGCAGUUGAAAGCUGCCUUUGAGCAGGGCACCCUCAAGAAGAUGACGGUUGCCGAACUGAAGGACGUGCUGGCUAGCAAGGGCGUGAGUGCCGUGGGCAAGAAGGCGGAGCUGGUGGAAAAGUUGGAGCAGUGGAUCGAGGAGAAUAUCUGAUGCAGCUUGGAGCGGUUUUCGGCGUACGGCGGUCAGUUACUGGUCUUGGCGAAAGAAUGGGUUGGCAAGGGGAAACAUGCGCGCUUUCAAGGGAUUAGUGUAGUGUGAUGAUGGAUCACUUCUCUUUCUGUUCCGUUGCAGAUAUCUACUAGGGGUUUGGAGCCCGCUUCGCGGGCUUGUGGAUUUUUUGUCUGCAUUUUUACAUCACAUGACUUGCUUACUGUUACUACUGGCUACCUGCAUUACCUGCG